AUGCCGAUCCUAGAAGAGACGGUGACGGACAAUGAACAACAUGACAGUUCCGCAAUCGCCGACGGCGAUGCCCCUGGGCGCCCGCCGCGGGCGCCUCCAAACCCAGCUUCAGUCAAGAUCAAUGUCGAAGGCGCCUUCAUCGUCGACGACGAGAUGAAUACGCGCAAUGGCACUGCGGAUGAGCAUGAGCAUGUUCAUUGGGAACACAAGGAUAUCCGUCUCCCACACCACACAGAUGUGGUGAGCCAUGUUGCUCUUGAUAUUGGUGGCUCUUUAGCAAAGCUAGUCUACUUCUCUCGCGAGCCAGGCUCAACACACGGGGGCGGACGAUUGAACUUCGUCAACUUCGAGACGGACCGGAUCGAUCUGUGCAUUGACUUCAUCCAAGAAUUAAAGAAGACACAGUCCAAGCUCAAUGGGUCGACUCCGCAGGAACUGUGUGUCAUGGCAACAGGAGGAGGCGCAUACAAGUUCUACAACCGGAUGAAGGAGUUGCUUCACGUGGACGUAGUUCAAGAGGAUGAGAUGGAGUGCCUCAUCAUUGGCUUGGAUUUCUUCAUUACAGAAAUCCCGCGAGAGGUCUUCACAUAUAGUGAGGAAGAGCCGAUGCAGUUCGCCGAAGCCCGUGCGGAUAUCUACCCUUACCUCUUGGUCAAUAUCGGAUCCGGUGUCUCGAUGGUCAAGGUCUCUGGACCUCGAGAGUUUCAACGGGUAGGCGGAACGUCCUUGGGAGGCGGAACAUUCUGGGGCAUUCUGUCCCUUCUCACUGGAGCACGCACUUUCGAUGAGAUGCUGCGGCUGGCCGAAAGGGGUGACAACAGCGGUGUAGAUAUGCUUGUGGGCGAUAUCUAUGGCGGAGGGUACAGUAAAAUUGGGCUCAAAAGUACCACCAUCGCAAGCACGUUUGGGAAAGUGUUUCGAAUGAAGAGGAUGGCCGAACGGCACGCAGAAGAUGGCGAGGGGCUUUUCAACGGCGAUGGUCAGGACGACGACCACGACAUGUUGCGUGGAUUCAAAACUGAAGACAUGGCCAGAAGUUUGCUAUACGCAAUAUCCAACAACAUUGGCCAGAUUGCCUAUCUCCAGUCAGAGAAGCACAAACUACAGCACAUUUAUUUUGGGGGUUCCUUCAUUCGAGGCCAUACUCAGACGAUGAACACUCUCUCUUAUGCCAUCAAGUUCUGGUCCCAAGGCGAGAAACAAGCGUACUUUCUCCGGCACGAAGGAUAUCUUGGUGCUGUUGGAGCAUUCCUUAAACGACAACCGAAGAAUUGGGGCAGGCGCAACAGUUUUGAGGAUAUCAGACUUGGGAAAGUGUUGUCGAAGGAAUAA